CAGCCCCGGUGGUUUGUUUUAGACAAUGGGAUAUUGGCAUACUAUGAUUCACAAGAUGAUGUUUGCAAAGGCAGCAAAGGAAGUAUAAAGAUGGCUGUGUGUGAAAUAAAAGUUCAUGCAACAGACAACACAAGAAUGGAGCUAAUCAUCCCUGGGGAACAGCAUUUCUAUAUGAAAGCAGUUAACGCAGCCGAAAGGCAAAGGUGGCUGGUAGCACUGGGGAGUGCAAAAGCCUGUUUAGCAGAUACCAGAACAAAAAAAGAAAAAGAAAUAAGUGAGACCAAUGAAUCUCUUAAAACCAAAAUGUCUGAACUUCGUCUCUACUGUGAUCUUUUAAUGCAGCAAGUUCAUACAAUACAAGAAUUUGUUCACCGUGAUGAGACUCGCUCUCCUCCCAGCAUUGAGAACAUGAAUGAAGCCUCUUCCUUGCUUAGUGCCACAUGUAAUACAUUUAUCACAACACUUGAAGAAUGUGUGAAGAUCGCUAAUGCCAAGUUUAAGCCAGAAAUGUUCCAGCUGCCUCACCCUGAUCCCUUAGUUUCUCCUGUGUCACCAUCACCUGUCCAAAUGAUGAAGCGUUCCAUUAGUCACCCUGGUCCUUGCUAUUCAGAAAGGAAUAAUCACUCUGUAAAAGAACCAAUUUCAGCUCUUCACAGAUUUUCACAGCGGCGCAGAAGAACAUACUCGGAUACAGAAUCUUACAGUGAUACUCCCUUUGAAGAUUCUCAGAGAUCUGCUCACUGUUCUAGAAGUGCUGUCAAUGGAGAUCUGGUAUCAUCAACCAUUCCUGAAGAAAAUAGAUCAGUAUCAAAGGAAAGAUCUGAACUGGAAGAGACUCUUUCAUCCUUUUCUUCUUGAAAAAAAUGAAAGUAUUCAAUUUUCUAUAAAUAAUGCUAUGCAAAUGCUGCUGUAAUUAUACUGUUGUUAUAGGAAGUAGUCAUUUCCCUUUUUAGAAGGAUUUCUCUGCACUUUAUAGAACAAUAUAAAAACUAUCUUUGAAGUGUAUUUUAUCUUUAUAUAGUUUAUUUACAAGAGUAUUUUCCUAAUAUUUCACAGUUUGAAUGUGCAUUUUUUGGAACAAAUGAUGGCUUAACAAAUAAGCAUCCACAUUUGUAAAUGUAGCUCUUUUUAAAAAGUGUGAAGGUCUGACUGAUACAUUAGUAAACCUGCAGGUUAUAAACUUUAGCAAAAAGGUUUCUCCUUUUUUUUUUUUUUUUUU